AUGGCCGUCCCCAACAUCAAGCUGAACAGCGGCUUUGACAUGCCCCAAGUGGGCUUCGGUCUGUGGAAGGUUGACAACGACAUUGCCGCCGACACCGUCUACGAGGCCAUCAAGGCCGGAUACCGUCUGUUUGACGGCGCCUGCGAUUACGGCAAUGAAGUUGAGUGUGGCCAGGGUGUUGCCCGCGCUAUCAAGGAGGGUCUCGUCAAGCGUGAGGAGCUCUUCAUCGUCUCCAAGCUCUGGAACACCUUCCACGAUGGCGAGCGCGUAGAGCCCAUCGUCAAGAAGCAGCUCGCCGACUGGGGCGUCGACUACUUCGACCUCUACCUCAUUCACUUCCCCGUCGCCCUCGAGUACGUCGACCCCUCCGUCAGAUACCCUCCCGGCUGGCACUACGAUGGCAAGUCCGAGAUCCGCCCCUCCAAGGCCUCCAUCCAGGAGACCUGGACUGCCAUGGAGAGCCUCGUUGAGAACAAGCUCUCCAAGAGCAUUGGUGUCUCCAACUUCCAGGGCCAGCUCCUCUACGACCUCCUCCGCUACGCCAAGAUCCCUCCUGCUACCCUGCAGAUCGAGCACCACCCCUACCUGGUCCAGCCUGACCUGAUCAAGCUGGCUGCCAAUGAGGGUAUCGCCGUCACCGCCUACUCUUCCUUCGGCCCUGCCUCCUUCAAGGAGUUCAACAUGGAGCACGCUACCGACUUUGUCCCUCUCUUCGAGGAGCCCACCGUCACGGCCAUUGCCAAGAAGCACAACAAGGAGCCUUCCCAGGUCCUUCUCCGCUGGGCUACCCAGCGUGGUCUUGCUGUCAUCCCCAAGACCAGCCGCAAGCACGUCCUUGCCCAGAACCUGUCUGUCACCGACUUCGACCUCGAGCAGUCUGAGAUCGACAAGAUCAGCUCCCUUGACAGGAAGACUCGCUUCAACCAGCCCGCAAACUACUUCCCUACUGAGAAGCUUUGGAUCUUUGGUUAA